AAUGAUGUCCGUUUCUUAUCGAAUGUGACCUCACCUUGCUCAAUCUUAGCCGUUCAUUCUGAUGAUAAGGCUAGAUGGAUGGUAUAGGUUGAUCAACAAAAUCAUCUUCAUUCCUUACUCCACAUACAUCUAUGGACUUUUUCACAAAAAUCAUUAUAGAAAAAACAUGAAAAAGACAAUGAAGCUUUAAUUUGAGUUUCAUUUGGCGUGCAUGUAAGCUUCAUUUCAUGUCUAUUUAAGCUGCCUAAGUGCAUUGUAGAACUCAGGAACAAAGACAAGUAGAGUGGCAUUAGCAGUGUAUUGCCAAUUUACUUUCCCAACACUCUUCAACAUCAAUCCUUAAAAUCUCACUCUAAAUCACUCGAAAGCUUAACAAUGGGCCCAGGAGUACCGGCUGAUGUCUUAACUGGGACCGGAAAGUUGUCGGUUCCGAUCACCGGUUACUAUAAGAGGGCCUAUGUAACAUUUUUGGCCGGCAAUGGAGACUAUGUGAAAGGGGUGGUGGGAUUGGCCAAGGGGUUGCGAAAGACGAAGAGUGCAUACCCUCUUGUGGUUGCAAUCUUACCGGACGUGCCGGAGGAGCACCGGGAAAUUUUGAGGUCUCAGGGCUGCAUAGUUGAAGAGAUUGAGCCAAUCUACCCACCGGAGAACCAAAUUCAGUUUGCAAUGGCCUACUAUGUGAUCAACUACUCCAAGCUCCGUAUAUGGAAUUUUGAGGAGUAUAACAAAAUGGUCUACCUAGAUGCAGACAUCCAAGUUUUUGAAAACAUCGAUCAUCUCUUCGACAUGCCAGACGGGUAUUUCUAUGCUGUGAUGGACUGUUUUUGUGAGAAGACAUGGAGCCACACGCCACAGUACUCUAUUGGGUACUGCCAGCAAUGCCCCGACAAGGUGAAAUGGCCGGCGGAGAUGGGUUCACGUCCUCCCUUUUACUUCAACGCCGGGAUGUUCGUUUAUGAGCCUAGCCGUUUGACUUACGAAAGCCUUCUUCAGACUCUCCGGAUCACUCCACCAACACCCUUUGCAGAGCAAGAUUUCUUGAACAUGUUCUUCCAGCAAACUUACAAACCAAUUCCUCUGCUAUACAACCUGGUUCUAGCCAUGCUAUGGCGCCACUCUGAGAACGUCGAGCUCGAGAAAGUCAAAGUAGUGCACUACUGUGCAGCUGGAUCGAAACCAUGGAGGUAUACUGGCAAAGAAGUGAACAUGGAUAGAGAGGACAUCAAGGUGUUGGUUAAGAAAUGGUGGGAUAUUUACAACGAUGAGUCGCUUGAUUUCAAGGCUGAAGAAGAUAGAGUUCCAGAAGGAGAGACUUGCUCAAGGUCUCCGAUCAUAGCUUCCAUUCCUGAGUCUGAAAUUUGCUACAUCCCUGCACCUUCUGCUGCUUAACUUAUACCAAACUAGGAGCUCAGGCUAGAGGGUCUUCAAAUCCUAACCUACUUCAGUACUUUUUUUGGGCUAUUUGGCCUCCUUUUUUUUUUUUUGGGUGUGAGAGAUGUCACAGAUACGAAUAAGUUGUGAUUGCUAUAAUGCUUAUGUAACUACAAGCAAAAACGAGUGUGUAACUAUUAUUAUGAAACCAUAAUACAAUUUUCUUCUUCGUAGAACAUACAGCAAUCUCGCUACAAUUUCUAGAAACAAGGUCAAAAUCCUUCUCUCUUGUGGGGCGGCUCGUCAAAAUAAAUGCAAGUUCUUAGAUUAUCAGAUUCAUUAUACACAUGAAUUCAAUGGCCAUUAAGUGGAACAAUCUCG